CUGAUGACGUGCCUCCAAUGACAAGCCUCUAGACUGCAACCUUAAACAGAAUCGCAUAUUCAUUAUUUAAUCAUUGCUUAUAUUAUAUACGGAUAGGAAUUGACGUGUCACAGAAAAUUCAUUUGAGAAGAAAAAUGGCAUCGGGAAGCACAACCCAGGACCCAUUGGGUGGGUAAAGAAGACAGAGCAUGAGCCCCUGGCAUCCAGUGGCUGAGGUACAUCUUUCUGGCCAGGACCUCAGUGAGUGUCAGGGAUGUUCUGGUGAUCACAGUGGUGAAAGAAUCCAAGAAAUGGUAAAAGAGGAAAGUGUUUCCGAGCUGAAGGUUGUUCUGCUGGGAUUGAAACAGGCUGGGAAAAGUUCGGCAAUAAACACCCUCCUUGGUGGAGAGGGGGUGGAAUCAGAGAGAGAAAUUGUGGGUGAGAAGAGGCAGGGCAAAAUUAGAGGGAAGCUGGUAACUCUGAUCGACACACCAGGAUGGGAGUGGGAUUCGGAAAAGGUCAAUUCAGAGAUUAAGGAGGAGAUUAUGCGCAGUGUAUCACUCUGCUCCCCAGGACCACAUGCCUUUCUACUGGUAAUUCCUGUUGUCUCAUUCAAAGACUCACACAGGAAGGCAGUGGAGGAACACAUGCAUCUUCUCAGUGAAAGAGUCUGGACACACACAAUAGUUUUAUUUACCUAUGGGGACAAAUUGAGGGACUUAAGCAUCGAACAGCAUAUUAUGAAAGAAGGGGAGGGACUCCAGGGGCUUGUUGCAAAAUGUGGGAACAGGUAUCAUGUUCUCAAUAAUAAGAACAUCAGUGAUCAUGCUCAGGUCACAGUUCUUCUACAGAAAAUAGAGGAGAUGGUAGCAGAAAAGGAAGGAGAAGCUUUUAUAAGUGAAGAGGUCCUUCAAGAGGUAGAAAGAAGACUGCAACAACAGAAGGAGAUGCUGGAACAAAGAAAGGAUGAGAUGGAAGAGGAAAUAAAACUGAGAUAUGAAGAAAAACAGAAAGCCAUAGAAGAAGAGCUGAGACAUAGAUAUGAGGAUGAAUUACGAAAGAGAGAAGAGGAGAUGAAAAGGAAGUUACAGGAAGAACGUGAUAGGAAAGAACAUGAAUUAAAGGAAAAGAAUCUGAUGGAAAAGGAACUUGAAAAAAAAGUUGAGACAUCCAGACAUUCUAUCAAGAGAAGGAACAGCAUGGACAAUAUUCCCCCUAAAAUGAGUGGAGAUGCAGAUCCAGGGAAAAGCACAGAGGAAACCCCAGUCCGUUAUGAAUCUGAAGAUAAGUGAAGUGGGAUAGAUCAAGAAAAGAACAUGGAAUCUAUUAAUGAUCUUGCUGAGUUAUAGAGGGUCUGAGACACACUGAUCAAAGGAAUCAUCUACUUUACCUUGGAUAAUUAAGUUUGUAACUCUGUAAGAGUCAUCAACUGUCCAGAGAAGACUGUUGAAGGAGAGAAUCAUAAAAGACAGAGAAGGAGAGAAGAUGAACACAGAAAUGGGACAAGAGAGAUGGCAAGUCCUUGUCCAGAUUAAUGUUAGGGAACAGAGUGUUUGAACUUUCUGUUGUUUAUAGGAAAGUCUGCUUUCCUGUACAGAGAAUCUCUGAGUAAAAAUGGUCUCUCCUGGUUCCUGGAUGCAUUUUCCACACUAGAAAGAUAGGUUCUCUUUCACUUUGUAGUAUUCAGAUUUAAGAUCUAAGUAAAGAAUACCUCAGAUAAAAAACGACCUUUCCUCUUGGAAAGCUAACCCUAACAGACCAACUCACCCAUCAAUAUUUCUUUCCAACGUCCGUUCUCUGGAGAACAAGCUGGACUACCUAAGAUUGCAACAGGCUGCUCAGCAAGAGAUGAAGGAAUGCUGCGUCUUUAUUUUUACCGAAAAAUGGUAAAAGGACAAUAUAUUGGAUACAGCCAUUCAGCUAGAUGGACUGACUUCCUUCCGCUUGGACAGGAAAGUUUCAGAGACUUGUAAGUCUCUCUGAGGUGGUUUGUGUGUUUAUACAAACAAUAAAUGGUGCAGAAAUGCUGCAGUAGUCUCUAGUUACUGCUCACUGCUAGUGGAAUUUAUUAUGGUUAAGUGUCAGCCCUACUAUUUACCAACGAAAUUUACUAUGGUUAUUUUUUUGGCUGUGUACAUCCUGCCCAGCGCAGGAAAAGAGGUGCUAUGAGUCCUUUACGUGGCAAUCAGCCAUCUGCAAACUGCUCAUCCUGACGUCUUUGUCAUUGUUGCCGGCUCCUUCAAUCACACAGAUCUUAAGUCAGUUCUCUAUAAAUUUUAUCAGUGUUAACUUUUCAACACCAGACUUAGUUUAUAUAAACAUCAGUGACGCAUACAAGGCUGUUCCCCACCCCCACCUGGGCUACUCUGACCACAUCUCUGUUAUGAUAAUCCCAGCAUACAGACCGCUGCUCAAUCGUGCCAAACCAGUUGUGAAACAAAUCAGAGUAGCCAAAGUUAAUCCACGUAAGGCUGCUUGACCCGAUAAUAUACCUGGUCGUGUGCUCAAGGAAUGUGCAGUACAGCUAGCCAACGUCCUCACCGAUAUUUUUGAUAUCUCCUUGUGCCAGUCGGUCAUUCCCAUAUGCUUCAAUUCCACCACCAUUAUGCCAGUGCCAAAGAAGUCAGCCGUGUCCUGCCUCAAUGACUAUCGCCCCAUGGCACUCACUCCAAUUAUCAUGAAGUGCUUCGAGAGGCUAGUCAUGAGCCACAUCAAGUCCAGAUUCCCUACCCCUUUGGACCCCUUUCAGUUUGCAUAUCGGUAAUAACAUCUCCAGCACCCUCACAAUGAGCACCAGAAUCCCCCAGGGCUGUGUGCUCAGUCCACUGCUGUUCACAUUGAUGACUCAUGACUGAACUGCCAAGCACAGUUCAAACUGCAUCAUCAAGUUUGCUGAUGACAUGACAGUGGUGGCCCUCAUUAGCAACAACGAUGAGUCAUCAUACAGAGAGGAGGUGGAGCAACUAGUGGACUGGUGCACAAACAACAACCUGUCUCUUAAUGUAAACAAAACAAAAGAGAUAAUCAUUGACUUCAGGAGGGCCCACACUGAUCAAUCUCCACUGUACAUCAACUGUACAUAACUGUGGAGACAGUUAGAAGCACCAAGUUUCUUGGUGUACACAUUAUAGAUGACCUCACUUGGUUCCUCAAUACCACCUCCCUAGCCAAGAAAGUACAGCAGCGUCUCUAUUUCCUGCAGCGAUUGAGGAGGGCAAACCUUCCCCUGCCCAUUCUUACUACUUUCUACAGAAGCACCAUUGAGAGCACCUUGCCCAGCUGGAUCACUGUUUGGUUUAGGAAUUGCAGUGCUUCAGACUGCAAGACCGUGCAACGAAUUGUGGAAACAGCUGAAAAGAUCAUUGGAGCCUCCAUCCCUUCCAUUUCUGUCACCUAUCACAAACACUGCUUACACAGGGCCUCCAGUAUAGAAGACGACCUCUCCCACAAACUCUUUGCCCUCCUACCAUCUGGGAAAAGAUAUCACAGUGUACGGGCUAGCCCAGCUCGACUCUGUAACAGCUUCUUCCCACUGGCUGUCAGGCUUCUCAACACCCUGGAAUCUACUUGCUCUCACCCCAAUUCCAGAAACAGGGUUUAAAUGCCCCCAGGGUUUUGUGUAUAUUGUAUUAUUUCACUAGUAAUUUGCAUUAUCUGCUCUAUGUGUAUCCUGUCUAUGAUGUCUAUGUCAGUGUCCUGUCUGUAUUUGCACCAUGGAGGAGGAGGA